CUUCCUUAUCGCCAUGUUGCGAAUCGCGCCUCAUGGUCUCCGGUCUGUUGUGCUGCUGAGGCGAGGUGCUAGGCCAUUAUCAGAAGAAGCAGUUGCUGAGAUUAGAGAAGGUUGCGUUUUUGUUGACUCGGUUUUUCCAAUACAACUUAGCAGACUUGAUAUUCGACGUUAUAUUGGUUUUCUUAGGGAGGAAAGUACUAUCCAAUCACUACGUGACUGUUUUUCUUCAGUAAAGAUCCACGGCUUUCGCAUCACGUCCUUAGAGCCAUAUCCCAAGGACGGCGGUGUCUUCGUCCGCUUCUCUUAUAAGGCUGGUAGUUCCGAAAGUGCCCUUGAGACUAUAGAGCAGGAGCUUAAGCGCAAAGUACAUGAUCGUGGCGGUCUUCCGUCUUGGCUUGGAUUGGGCUCAGGCGACGUUUGGCUUGUAAAAGGGAUACCAUGGAACGAGGACAUGUACCACUUCGCCUCCCCGAUAGUAAAAGUCGCGUUUGAAGGACCAGAUAUUCAUCAGGAAUCUCUAUACAAGCUUCUGCGUCCCUAUGGUCGCAUUAAAGGCAUGACGGAUCCUAUUCCUGUACCUGCUGGCUCCGUCCGUUUUUCUACUGUCUCCUUUCAAAAGAUUCGCUCCGCCGCAAUUGCGCGUAAUGUCAUACACGGCUUUGAAAUGUCUUCAGGCAACACAGUCACCAGGUUAAGCACAAAAUAUGACUAUCCCAUCCGUGUACAUGCCGUUCGGGACUGGCUAUCAAGUCACCCAAGAAUUGUGUUGCCUAUUGUAGUAUUUCUGUUAGGCACAUUGACGUAUACCAUUUUUGAUCCCUUGCGCUCACUCAUGAUACAAGGAAAAUUGGAAGAUUGGUUUGAUAUCCGAGAGUUCAAAAUCUAUCAAUGGCUAAGAAAAAAUACACUCGAUCGACUAUAUUCUGCUUCGCAGGUCUCUCCUUUCACAGCAAAUGAUGGGUGGAAGGAGAGGAAAGAAGCUGAAACAGCUGUUCGAACAUAUCUGGCGGAUUUACCAACGACCAUCACAUUUGUUCAUGGCCCCCAAGGUAGCGGAAAAUCGACCAUGCUCCAGACGGUUCUGAAUGAUACUGACCGGAAAUCGAUUACUAUCGACUGUGGACUUCUACUUCAAUCUAGUUCUGAUACCUUGUUAGUCAGAGGAUUGGCCGAACAAACAGGCUAUUGGCCGUUCUUCUCCUUCCUUAAUUCUGUGAACCAUUUGUUAGACCUGGCAAGUAUGGGUCUCAUCGGUCAAAAAGCCGGAUUAAGUACGUCUUUGGUGGACCAGCUAAAGUCAAUUCUGGACGUGACCGAGGAUGCGCUCAAAAACGCCGGUUCGUCGCAUCGACGCGCUCUUCACAAACAGAUACGCCACGCGGAAAAGGAAAGAUCCAAGGCUGCAGACAAUGAGAUGGCUGUACUGCAGAAAAAGCAAGGCCUUGGGCGUGAUAGCUUGGAUGACAUUGAAGGAAGUGGGGUUAAGAGCGAGUUCGAUACGGAAGAUAAGCUAUUUGGAGUUGAUGCUCGUUUGACGAACACCAAUUCCGAGACAUUAGCCGAAGAAAAAGUGGUCAAGAAGCGAAUACCGCAAAGUGAAAUGGUAGAAUCAUUACCUAUUGUGAUCAUCAAACACUUCGAGAGAAGUCGAGGGUCGGGCCGCGAUGAGUUGCUCGAUGUUCUCGCUGAAUGGGCUGCUAAGCUUUCGGAACAUCAGAUUGCACAUGUCAUAGUCGUCAGCGACAAUAGAGAGAAUAUGAAAAAUCUUACCAAAGGCAUGGUCACAUUCGGACUGACCCUUCCUUCAAAGCCGCUCAAUGUGAUAGCUCUCGAUGACGCAGAUACAGCCAGCGCUUUGGCUUUUGUAAAACAGAAAUUAAAGGAUGCUGACAUUGACUUACAGUUUUCGCCCGGACAGGCGUCAUACCUGGAGAGACUAGGUGGACGAGCGAGCGAUUUGGAAACUCUCAUACAUAAAGUCCGAAAUGGUCAGCAAGUCGAAGAGGCCGUGGAAGACAUCAUCAAUCGGGGCGUUAGUGAAAUCCAGAAGAAUGCCUUUGGGGACGAUGAAGACGAUGCAAACCGUCUACCUUGGACCAGAGAACAAGCGUGGAUGGUUGUGAAAAAGCUUGCGUAUCAGCCUGAGAUUUCGUAUUCCGAGAUUCUCUUGGAUUUCCCUUUCAAAGGCGAUGAGGCGCCUCUGCGGAAUAUGGAGCAUGCUGAACUCAUUUCGAUUGGAACGCACUUGGGUCGCCCGUCUACCAUCAAGCCCGGUAAACCUAUCUUCAAAUGGGUAUUCCAACGCCUAGAAAGGGACGCGAUCUUCCAGGCGACUCAGGAUCUGGCAUUCAACGAGAAAGUCAUCGUCAGCGCCGAAACCAGCAUUAAAGCAUACGAACAAGAGCUCACGACACUCAAAGACAUGGGGGCAGAUACAAGUUUGUGGUCCAAUCUUGGUUCAUCAUCCGUACUUUCGCGGCGAGCGAAAUAUAUUUUGAAUAAGGCUAAGGUGGCACAGACUAAAGUAGAGACGCUGGAGAGGCAGAAUUUACUGUUAAAGAAGACGCUAACACAGCGUACAUGACACCAUUUGAAUAAUAAAUUACUACUCUUUGCAUAGAAACACGGAUUUACAGCAACACGCAGAAAUUAUUCCG